UUUCUUAUAAUGAUAUUUUCGAUAUAUUUGAUUUUUGCUUUAGUACCGUAUGCUUUACCUAUUAAUGAAUCACAUAGGUUUAGUAAUACAUGGCUGUUACAAGGACAAGUUACUGAAGAGGAAGUAAGAAAAGUGUCAUCAAGGCUUGGAUUUGAUUUUCUGCAGAAGCUUCCAACAAGCCAUUUUGUGUUAAGACGAGGCGAUGUUCCCCAUCGCUCCAGUCGUAGAUACAGCUACAACAGCUCCCUUCGUAAGGCUUUAAAUCUCACAUUCAUUAAACAAGAACAGUGGAUCAACGUGUCUUUGCGACAGAUUAUGGACCCCAAAUGGCCUCAGAUGUGGUACCUUAAUGGCAAAUCUGGGCCAUCUAUGAGCGUGGAAAAUACAUGGAGAAAGAAUAUCACUGGUAGGGGUGUGAGAUUGGCAAUAGUAGAUGACGGAGUUGACUACAACCAUCCUGACCUUAAAAACAGAAUUAACUUAUCUGGGAGCAGAGACGUUUAUGAUAACGACAAUAAUCCAUUACCUGGUAUUGGACAAAGCCAUGGAACUAAGUGUGCAGGGGUUGCUGUUGCAGAAAGCAAUAACAUUUGCGUAAUUGGCGCCGCAUACCAGGCAACACUAUUUGCUUUACGGAUGAUAGGGCCGAAUGGUGUUUUACCCAGUGGACAGGUGAUUGCUUUGACCACUGACGUUGAUGUAUCAUCAAACAGUUGGGGAGGAACUGACGGAAGCUUCGAAGGCCCUUCACAGCCUGUAAAGGAAGCAUUUGUUCAUGGAACAUCAUCGUUACGAGGGGGGAAAGGUGUAAUUUACGUCUUCGCCGGGGGCAACGGUGGUUUUGACGACAACUGCAACAUGGACGGAUAUGUUAAUAGUAUUUAUACAAUUGGCAUCAACGGUGUUGCCCGUGAUCUCGAGCCUCCAGGUUAUGCAGAACCUUGUAGCGCUGUCAUGGCAAGUGCCUACACAGGAAAGGGAGGAAGCUCGGACAAUUUAUGUACCACUGACGUGAAUGGCGGUUGCAUUAAUUCGUUUACCGGAACUUCGGCAGCCGCUCCGUUAGCAGCUGGGGCACUUGCACUGGUGCUUGAGGCAAACCAAAAACUUCAUUGGCGUGACAUGCAACAGCUCUUGAUUGAAACUGCGAAAUUAGACAACCUGAAAUACACAGAGGCUCAGCAAAAUGCAGUAGGACGAAAUGUGAGUCAUUGGUUCGGAUACGGCCUCAUUGACGUCGAAGCGAUGGUUCAAAGAGCUCCAACGUGGCAGAGUCUUCCAGAGCAACAUUCGUGUCACACUCAAGUGAAAUAUGAAAUGAAAACGGUCAAACCUAAAGACACUGUACGUGUGGUGCAGAGCCAAAUAUACACGGACGGGUGUAACGACACCACUUAUUGUGUUAACAGAGUUGAACAUGUAGAGGCAUAUAUAGAGUUUUCAUACACAACUAGAGGAGUUAUUGAACUAAGUCUAGAAUCUCCAAGCGGGACUGUGAGCACUCUCCUGACUACGAGGGGCUCGGAUUCAAUGCAAAAUUCAGAACAAAAAUGGACAUAUAUGUCGGUACAUCAUUGGAGUGAAAAUCCAUUUGGAACGUGGAAACUUAACUUAUCGGUCAAAGCGAAUAUAAACGAAGGAGCCACAUUGUCUUCCUGGAAAUUGAUCUUAUAUGGAACUGGCGUUUGAUGCAGUCGAAAUGAAACUCCUUCUGUAAAAGAUCCCCCAGACGAUAAGACGAUUGUGAUUAUAGUUUCUGUAUCGGUGCCUUGCGCGGCUAUCAUUAUCGCAGUCGUUGCUGUAUUAAUAUAUCGUGAUUAUAGACAAAAGAAAUCCAAAGUCAACUCACCAAUUGGGAAUACUUACAAUGAAACAACAAAUCCUGCAAAUACAAGAACUUGAUUUUAUCCGUUUGAACUGUUAUAUAAAUUUGUCUUUCACUGUCAUACAUGUGUGUUGUUGUAGAUUGCCUUGGAGAAUAAUACGAUGUGAAAUAAUAUUAUUUUUCUACAGUUAAUUAUGAUCAACAUACUUUUACUAGCUAAAAGCUGUUUUCCGAGAUAAAAUAAUAUCCAAUAAGAAUCAACAACAACACAAAAUCAACAACAAUAACAAACACAAAAAACAAAUUGUGUAAUUGCUUAAAGGCUAUUAGUCAAUGACUGGACAUGCACACUACACAGAACAAUCAAUUUGAAGCGGUUAAGAUUACAAGCAAUUGUUAUAAAUACAUUGGCUGUGUAAGGUGUUUCGAUGUUUAUAAAUUGUAUUUAAGGCCAUUUAUUAAUUCAAAAUUAUCUGAGAUAUAACAGAUGCAU